AUAAUGCAUUGAGGGCUUGAGGAAGCGGGGUACAGACCAACACACCAGGUUUCUCACACGCGCACUCUGGCUUAUGGUAUUACAUCAUGUUUUUUAAAUGACUAGCAAUUGGUGUUUCUUAUAGCAGCAACAGCGUAGCCCUCGUGCGCUAGUAGGGCUCGCGCUCUGGACGGAGGCAUGGGGCGACUUGGCCACUUGUGCCAAAUGGAGGAGCUGGAUACUUCAAGCUGCAUCCGAUGAGAAGCUGGAGAACACCGCUAUGGGCGGUGCUGCUCACGGCGCUGCUUUGUUUGGCCCGCUUGAGCUCGGCCGCUCAGGCGGAUUGUGCUGCGACGCUUGAAAAGCUCUCUUUGAGCUGCGAGUCUUCUCCAGCACUCAACGUCAGCGCUGCCCUGGUGGUCGACUACAUCCAGCAGGGCUGCCUACCGGAGUGGGAAGCCAACCAGGCCCCUACCCUGGAGCUCCUUGUGGGCGCUGGUGUGGCGCUGCCGGAAGCUGUGCUGGCACAAUUCCUGUCCGACACGGGCUGGGCGGUGCGGGUCACACCCUGGGAUGAGGCCUCUGGCACAGCGCCGCCUCUUCCCGGCGGUGGUGCUGGCGGAAACAGCAGCAGCAGCAGCAACAUCAACAGCAGCAGCGCGGGGCGCCGGGCCAAAGGGCGUCGCUCGCUCGCAGACGUUGGCUUUGGGUAUGCCAGCACCAGCUCAGCAGCCUCCAGCAACAGCAGCAACAGCAGCAGCAGCGGGGCCCUGAUCUCGGAUCCGGAAUCUGCGGCGUGGCGUGCCGCGCUGGCGCUGUCGUACGACGGCUGGAUCCUGGACGCGCAACUGCUGCCAGGGCUGGGGUACGCGGGCGCCCUGGCACCCCCCUCCCAGCUGCUCGAGCCCCCGGCCGCCUUUGUGGAGCUGCAGCGUGCCACGCCGCCGCAGCUGCGGCUCUACGGCACGUCGUACGAGUACCGUACGGCGGCGCUUCCGCUCGGCCGCAACGGCCUUGUGCUGUACGGCAGCCGGGCGGCGGUGGCAGCGCUGUAUCGCGACCCAGCCAUGCGGCGGCGGCUGGGGCUGGGGCUGGACUCGGCAAGCAAUGGAACCACGGGCACAGGGGCGGGCGGGGACGUGUCGGGCUCUGACGUGUCGCUGCCGCUGGUGUGGAGCUGGGAGCAGCUGGUGGAUGCGGCGGCGGCGCUCAACGGCACUGACGUGGACGGCGACGGCGCCGCCGAGUAUGGCAUCUGCUUGGCGGCGGGGCCCGGCUGCCUGGGCCCGGCGCUUGUACAGGCUAUUGCCGCGUCGUACCUGCAGACGUAUGGCCCCAGCCAGGGGUGGCUGCUGGACACGAGGCGGAUGGUGUGGCGGAUAGAUUCCGCCGGCUUCCGCGCGGCGUUGUGGACGCUGCAGCGGCUGCUUUCCUACGGCCCGCCGGAGCUGGGCGGCGACGGGAGUGGCGGGGCGGGCGCGAACAGGUGGCAGCCGCCGGCGUGCCGCCGGAUGAAUGUGGCGUUUGCUGAGGGGCGCUGCGCGUUUACCAUCCAUACGCUGAGCCAUGUCAAGGCUGCGCUCUCCUGGCCCGGCCGCGACGCCGAGGCGGUACGCGGCACGCGUGUCAUGCUGCUGCCUGGAUCCAGCCGCGUGGACGCGACCUCCGACGGUUGGAUGGGCCACCUGCCGCACCGCGACGGCGGUUACCUGCAGGACUGUACGGCGGCGGACUGCCCGUACGCGGUUACGGUUAGUGGCGGCGGCGCCGCCGCCGGAUCCAACGCCGCCCUGGGCAGCAGCUGGCAGAGCCUGUGGAGCGCGGCAGUAGCAUGGUGGAAGGGCAGCGGCAGUAGCAUUGGCAACGGCACCAGCGCUGGUGGAACCGGGGGAGGAGGCAGCGCACCGGCCGUGAUCAACAUCGCGCCGAUGCCGUACGGCUUCCCCGUAAGCGGCGUCAGCGCCGCCGCGACGGCGGCGCGGCGCGUAGCGGCGGCGCGCCUUUUCGCGACGCUGGCGGCGCCGCCGGCGCAGCUGGCCUUGAUGGCGCAAUCGAACUCAUCGCUUGUGCCGUACCGGCGGCUGUCGCUGGCGCAGUUGCAGGCGCAGGCGGUGGCGGUGGCGGGCGCCGCCGCUGCCGCUGCCGCUGUCGACCUGCGGCAGCUGCGGGACCUUAACGUUGUGGGUGACGUCAUGGACUCGCACCCCAACGCCGCGCCGCCGCUGCGGCUGCCCGGCGCGGAGCGCACAUGGCCCGUGUUGGAGCGAGUCGUGGCGAUCCUGGCAGCCGACUCCGCCGGGCCAUACGCCACGACGGGCCCCAACAACCCCACCGCGGACGACGAGCCGCGCGCGCCCAAGCCGUACGCCUCCCCCGCGGUUGCGGCGGCUGUAGCGUACGCGGCAACGGCGCUGCCGGAGGCUGUAGCAGCGGAGUUCAUCCUGGCCGCCGGCAGUAGCACCGGCGGCAGUAGCAACGGCGGUAGCGACAGCGGUGAUAGCGGCAGCGGCUCCGUGCAGUGGACCGAGCUGUACGGCAGUGCCAGCUUCGCGCCGGCCGGCAGCAGCAGCAGCCCGGCCGCUGCUACAGCCGCUGCCGUGCUGCGGGCGCAGUACCGUGCAUCCAUAUCUUAUCGGGCGCCUCUGGAGGCGCACGCAGACGAGCUACCGGAUCCGGAGUCUUCCAGCAGAGGCAGCGCGCUGGUGGUGGGCCUGUCGGUGGGACUGGGCAGCGCGGCGGCGGCUGGCGCGGUGCUGCUGUGGCUGUGGCGGAGUAGCAGCGGCGGGCUGCUGCGCGGCGGCCGGGCGGGGCUGUUGCAGCGGCUGCUGCGGCCGGGCGGGUACGCGGGCACUGAGGACGACGGCUCGCGCACGCUCAACACAUCUGCCUUCGUCGUGCUGGACAUCCUGGGGCUGUCCGACCCGGCCAUCCCCGACGUCCCGCGCGACGCCGCCCUCCGCCUCUGCCACGACGCCAUCAAACAGCUCGCGCGGCGCUACAACGGCACCGCUGUCGCGCUGCCGGCGACGGAGCUGCCGCCGCCGUACGCUCGUGGCGCGGAGGCAGCGGCGGAUGCGGGUGGUCUGGGAGUGGGCGGCGAGGGCGACGGCAAGAUGCCGGGGCCGUCUGCUGCGUUCGGGGCGGCCAUGAACGCGGAAGUGGCGGCUACGCGCGGCUAUGCGCAACAGAGCUGGGGUGGCCUGACCGUGAGCAGCGGCGUCGCCGGCGGCGACGGCGGCGGCGGCGGCGCCCGCACCAGCGCUCUGAGCUACGGUGCCGGUGGGCUUGGCUUCGGCCCCGGCCAGAGCACAUACUACCCCAGCGGGCAGGGCGGCCCGGGCGUUGCUGGCGGCGGCGUUACCGGCGCCGACGGUACGGCAAUGGCACCGGGCGCGCGGAAACUUUGGACGUACGACAGCGGUUACAUGUCGAUGACGUCACGUGACAUGGACGCGCCGUCGGCGGCGACGCCGUCGGGCACGACCGCCUGGGAGCCGCUGCUGGGGCCGCCGCCGCCGCGGCUGCACGAUGAAGUGGCGGCGGCGGCAAGGUCCACGGCGACGGGCGACGUCGCGGCGUCAACGUCGGCGGCGUCGGGCCCGGGACCGGGGGCGGCAGCGGCCGUUGUACGACAGGGCGAGCAAAUGGACCUGUUCGGCACGAUAUCCUCGUACGAUAGCGACUCGUUGAGCGUCCGAGACGACGCCGCCGAAGCACAGGUUGCUGCUUCUGCUGCCGAAGCCGCCGGCGUGGCGCCAGCUGAUGACGGCGGCGGCGGCGGAGGCUCCGCGGCACCGUGUGGAACACCGCUGGACGCGAUUGCGUUGUCGGCUCGUGGGCUAGUGGGGGCGGCGCUUGGCGACGGGAGCCGCGCACCGCUCGCCGCGAGUGAUAGCUCGCGCUCGCGCUCACGCUCCCGGCCGCAGCCGCAGCUGCUGUCGGCAAUACAAGCCUCGGAGGCGUCUGACACGGUCUCCGUGUGCCUGCCGGGCCCGCCCCUGCCGCCCUUGGACGCGCCGUGGCCCGCCGCACCUGCGGCUCCGGCCCCGGCGGCGGCGGCUGCAUCAUCGGAGAAGGACUCUACCACGGCGCCGCAGUCGUUGAGUCGCACAGGCGAUCGCGGUGGCGGUGGUGGCGGUGGCGGUGGCGGCAGCCACGCGCUCGUACCCGUCGCCAUGCCUACAGGGGCUUCCCGCAGUGCCGGCACUGUCCCUGGCCGCGGCAGCGCGGGACUUGCUGCAGCUGGCGUUGCCGUGGCGGCGUCAUCGCUGCUGCGUAAGCACGUGCGGAAGCCGGUCACCGCCUCCGCCUCGUCCUCCGCCCUGACGGCCAGUCCAACGGCCCCGCGCAGCCACGCAGCACUUCGGCGGCAGCAGACGUCCCGCGCGCUAGGCGGCGGCGGCGGCGGCGAUGGCAGCCUUGGGCCGGCGGCGCCGCCGCCUUCAGGCACGCCGCCCGGUGUUGGCGGCGGCAACAGUGUCCACGUGCUGCUUGCCGGCGUGCGGGAGGCGGUUGGCGACGAGGCGAGCUCGCCCUCGCAUCCUCAUCAGCAGGCACCGACACAGCCGCUGGUGCCGCUGCCUCCACUGCCGUACCCGCCUCCUUACCCGCCGCCGUACCCACAGCCGUACCCGCAGCAGCAGGCCGCGUCAGCGGCCCACCGCACCUUCAGUGCUGAGACGGUGCGGCUAUUGCAGGAGAUGGAGGCCGCCGGUGGCACCGCCGGCGCCGGCGUGGCUGGCGUGGCUGGCGUGCCGGGCGCGGCCGCCGGUGCCAGCCUAGGCGCGAUGCUCCCCACGCUUCACGAGGGUGUGCCUGCUGACGCCGGUGCUGCGGGCGCGCCCAUGCCGCUCUUGUCGCCGCACCUGCCGGGGCUGCCGCCGCGGCCGCCGCUGCAGCUGCCGCCUCGGCCGCCGCCGCCGCCGGUUGCCAUGGCCGGCGGGCGCCUGGGGCGGUCCAUGCCUGCGACACCGCUCGUGGGCUCGCAGCAGAGCCACCACCGCCUCUUCAGCGCAUCGCCGCAGCCGCCGCGGCGGCCGCCGCCUUUCACACCGCUGGUCGGCCACGGCGUCUCCGCGACCGCCACCGCUGGCUUCCACGCAGCCGGCUCGCCGCCUGGCGCCGCCGCCGCGGGCAACGCACUGGCGUCGAUCGCGUCGGCACCGCCGGCGACCACGCGCGGCGGCGCGCUGGCAGCGGCGAUGGCGGCUGCAAAGGCGGCUGCGGGUGGCGGUGGCGGUGGCGGCGGCGGCGGUGCGGCUGCCGCCUCCAUGGCAUCGCCGCAGCCGACGCGGGCGGCACUGAUGUUCAGCUCGGUGCAUGAUGCUGUGUGCUUCUGCGUGCAUCUGCAGGCAAUGUUGACUAAUGCGCGCUGGCCGGCGGAGGUGCUGGAAGCUGCCAGCUGCCAGACCAUAGCAGUGCGGCCACGCUCCGUCGGUGCCGCCGCCGCCGCAGCGGCGGCGGGUAAGGGUGGCGGCGCCGCCGCCAAGAACGCCACCGGCGAUAUGAGCGGCGGCGGCCGGGAGGGUGGCGGCGGCAACGGUGCUGGCGGCGGCGGCAACGGUAGGGACGGCGGCGGCGCUGGCGAGUCCGGUGGCGGCGUGGUGGUGGCGUCGGCGCAGUCAUCGUUUGUCGUGACGUCACCGUCGCCGUUUUCCGCCGCCGGCGCCGUUGACCGGAUGAAAAGCCUCAUCAGCGGAGGGGCGCGCGGCAAGAGCGUCCGGCUGCUGCGCACGCCUAUGUCGCCGCGCCUCGGCGGCGGCAGCGUCGGCGCCCUCCCCAGCCCGGCGCCCAGCCGGGAGCCGAUGGCCGUCGAGCGCUCCAUGCCAAGCGUCAGCCGCUUCGCUCCGCAAGGCGGCGGCGCCGUUGCACUGGCAUCGCCGCAGUUAGGCGGUGGCGGCAGCGCCAGCCCGCGCUUCGGCGGCGGCGGUGUCGGCGGCGGCGGCAUGUAUGGCUCCGACACGUGGACCCCAGGGACGGGCGGCGGGCUCGGCUCGCAGGCCUGCUCCCGCGCCGGCAGCGUCACCGCCGCCACCAGCGGCGCCAUGCACCACCUGUACGGCACCAGUCCUGCCGGCGCCGGCGGCGCGAUGGGCGCGGUCGGCGGCGGCGCUGUGGGUGGCGGCGCGGGGGUUGCGCCCGGCGGCGUGCCCGGCAGCGCAACGCCGCGGUCGCCGCUGGGCCCCAGCUCUCAGCCCGCGGGCGCGGGUGGUGCUGGCGGCGGUGCUGGCGGGCCGGGUGUGCUCGUGUCGCGGCUCGGCAGCGCAGGCGGCUACUAUCCAGCCGCCGGCUCUUCGUAUGGGAGCAGUGGCGCCGGGAUGCUGUACGGCUCUAUGCCAUUACCGCCGCCGCUGCCUGCCGGCGCCAUGGCGGCAGAUGGCGCCGCCGCCGCCAAUGGAGCGCUGAUGCUGUCGCCAGCGGCGCAGCGCGCCGCCGCCGCCGUCGCCAGGCUUAGCUCGCAGCAGCGGGCGGUGCAAUGGCGGCUGGCAGGGCGCGGCUCUGUUGAGAGCGGCACUGCGUACGGCGGCGGCGGUGCUGGCGGCGCCGCCGGCUCGGAGGGAAGCCCCUCCUCGGCGUCCUACAGCGCGACGACCGCUGCCGCGUCGGGCGUAGCCGGUGGCAGCCGCCUUGCGGGCGCCAGCGGCGCCGCUAUGCCGGUUGGGCUGUUCUCGGCUGCCGCGUACCGGGGCGCGGUUGCGGCCAUCGGCGGCGGUGGCGGCGGCGGCGCGCCCAGCGGCCGGCUGGGCCACGGCCUGUACCACUCCGUGCUGGCGUCUGCGGUGCCGACAGGAAACAGCGAAGCCUCGGAGCAGCUGUUGCGAAUGGGCACGGCGGGCGGCGUCACGGAUUUAGUCAUGGGUGAUAUGGAGCUAGACACAGCGGACAUGGCGGAUCCCGCCGCUGCAACCGCCGCCAACGGCAGCGCUGGCGGCGGCGGCGGCGGCGCCGUUGCGAUGGACGCGCUGCAGAGCGCCGCCGCCGCAGCCUGGGGCUCGCCCACUGGCGCCCUGGCGGCGGCGGCGGCGGCGGCGGGCGCGGCGGCGGCGCCGGCGCCAAGGACGUCGUCGGCUGCGCGCGUUGUGGACACGUCAGCAAUCACGCUGGCUGCGGCGGUUGCCGGGCUGGCGGGCGGCGGAGUCGUGGACCCUGGGGCUGAUGACGGCGACGACGGUAUCGAGAUAGGUGACGGCCUGGGAAAUGCGAUGACGGGCAUUGAAAUAGGCGAUCCCGACGCCGACGAGGAAGACCUCGAUUCUGUCCAGGGCCUUGGAGAGCUAGGAGAGGAGGAAGACGACGGCGCAUUCGAGGACGAGGACUCGCAAGCACGGCUGCAGGGCUCAUUCAGCAUGCGACGCGCGUCAGCCACCGCCGCCGCGUUGCUCUCAACGUCGCUGGGCGGCGGCGCCACUAGCAGCGGCGGCGGCAACAGCGGCGGCGGCAACAGCGGAAAUGGCGGUGGCAUGGGCGCCGGCAGGGCCGGGCCGGGCCCGGUUGCGGAGGCAAGUGAGCACGACCGUAACAGUGACGGCGCGCAGGCGGGCGCUACAGGCUUCGACCCGGCGCGUGGGCCGGCCGUGGCGGCCGCCGUGCGCCGCGCGCUGUUGUCACAGGUCAGCGGCUUCAACGGCCGCGGCGCCGGCGCGGGCGCCGGUGUACAAGCGGGCAGAAUUCUGAACGGCGGCGGCGGUGGCGGCAGCGAUGGCGGCACGCCUGCCUCGGCGCCACGCCGCCGCAUGCGGCCCAACCUGUCUGUGGAGCUGCCCGCAUCAUCACCGCCAGGCAGCGACGCUGACACACUCGAGACCGUGAUGCCUGACGCCGGCGCCGGCGGAGCUGGCGGCGGCACGCUGACCGCGCCGGGGGCUGCACAGCCGCCGGCGCAGUUCGGACCCUCGCGUGGCGCCACGGUGCCAGCCACAGCCGCCGGGCCCUUCAGCACCGCCAGUGCUACAGCCUGGCUCUUCCGGCAGCAGCUGCUGCAGCAGCAGCUACAGCUCGGAAGCCACGCCUCCACCGACGCUUCCUCUGCUACAGCCGGCGGCGGCGGCUACCACCAAUCCAUGCCGCUGGCGCAGUAUUCAUUUGGAGUGUUUGGGGACGGCUCGGAGGCCGGCGGCGGCAGUGGCAUGGCCGCGGGCCCAGUCAGCGCCAAUCUUGUCAAGCUGCCCGCGCUGCGCGCCAGCGCCGGCAGCGGCGGCGGCGGCGCCAGCCCUCUGCCUGGCGGCGGCGCAGCCGCAGGCGCGGGGCUGUAUGACGGACUGAUGGGGCCGACAGUUGCGGCAGUAGCGGCGGCGGCGGCUGGCAGUCCGCACUUUCAGCAGCAGUCGGCUGGUAUCACGGCUGGCGCCGCCGCCGGGCCGGCGCCGCCGGGGACGGUGCGCAGCUUCGGCGAGCAGGUGCGGAUGACCUUCGAGACGAUCGAGUGGACGUCGGAGGAGCGCGGCGAGGAGGGGGUCACCGUCAUCUUCAGGGGCCCCCGGAUCGUGUGCGGCAUCAGCACGUGGCAGUACGGCGACGACGAGCCGUGCGACUACCAGCCGUACGACCCGGCAGAUAACGAGGCCGACGCCGAUGCCGCUGACGCCGCCAUCCGCGGCCGCCGCGGCCGGCUGGACGUGCCGGCAGCGGAGGCCGAUGGCGGCGCCGCCGACAGUGCGGCGGCAGAGGCGGCGGUGGCGGCGCCAGUGGCGCCAGCGGCGGCGAUGGCAGUGGGCUCAGCGGCAGUGGAGGGUCACUUUGCACGGAGCACCCUUGAGGCGGCCAUGGCUGACGGUUUGGCGCCGCCGGUUGCUGCCACAGCGGGUACGGCCGGAGGUGGCGGCGGCGGCGGUACGGCGGCGGUGGCGGCCGAUGGUUACACGUUCGGCAAUCCGCUGUUUGGCGGCUCGGGUCCUGUUGCCGUCGCCGCCGCCGCCGCCGCCGCCCGCGACGGCGGCGGCCUGUCGGCCGACGGCAUGCUGCUCAUGCCGCCAGGCGCCGCCGCCACCCUGACUGAGUCGCUGCGCUCCGCCGCCACCACCAUGGUGGGCGGCGGCGGCGGCGGCGGCGGCGCGUACUCGGCCUCCAUCGGUGAGGCCUCCUCACAUCCGGUGCAGGGAUUUAUCAGCGCCGGCAACAUGGGCGGCGCCGCUGCUGCUGGCGGCACCGCCGCCGGCCGCGGCACGGGCUCAGGUGUCCUGCCUGGCGCCGCCGCCGCCGCCGCCAGCACGUCCAUAUUAGGAUUCGGCAUGCUGGGUGGCACUGGCUACCCCAGCAGCAGCGGCCUGCUACCUGUCACCAUGGCGGCGCUGCCCACGCCACAGGGCGGCGCCCGUUAUACGCCCGGGGCAGCUGGAGGGGGCGGCAGCGCCAGUGUCGGCGGCUUCAGCGGCGGCAUCGUGGGCCUUGGCGGCGGCAGCGCCGGCGCGUCUGAGUACGGCAUGUUGCCGUACGGCAGGAUCGCCGCCGCCGCCGGCGGCACUGGCAGCGGGCUCAGUGACGCCGCCGCCGCCGCCGCGGCCCUGGAGCGUUACGGCUUCGACUUUAACACCAUCGGCGGCGGCGGCGGCGGCGGCGGCGGCGGCGGCCCAUUGGCGCCGCCAUUAGCUCCGGUGGUGGCGGCGGCCCCGCCGCCGCCGGCGGGCGGCCCGUACCUUGCGGCGAUGGUCACCGCGAAGAGGAGGCAGAGGCGGCGGCUGCCGGCGCCUUUGCGGCGCGCGUUGGCGAUGUGCGAGGCGGGUCAGGGCGGGUUCGUGCUGCUGGACGGGCCCACAUACAGCUCCACCAGUCAGGAGAUGCUGCAGGAGCAGUGCAUGAUCCUGCACAUUGGCGACUACCUGCUCCACGGCGCCAGCACCGCCGACUACCUCCAGCUCCGAGACGGGGCCGACGGAGGCGCUGCCGCCAACGGCGUCCCCAGCAGCGCCUACCGCCGCGCCGCCACCAGCGGCCUGGCGGGCGCUGGCGGCGGCGCGCCGCCGCUGCUGCUGACGCAGCCCUCCUCGGGCGCGGCCGCCGGCGAGCCGCCGCUGGACUUGUACCUGGCACUGGACUUCGCACACCUGGCGCGGCUGUGCUACCUGCGGCCGCUGGCGGGCGCGGAGCAGAUGAGCCUGGGGCUGCUGUCGGCGCCCGUCAACGCCGCCUCCAUCUGCUUCACAAUCGUGGUGGGCAUGCAGACUCUGCUGGCCUGGAACAAGGAGGCGGCCAAGGAGGCUCUGGCGGUGCUGCGCGCGGCGGCGCUGCCGGCGCUUCUGCGGCACGGAGGAUACCUGGUUGAGGACGCCGACGGGCUGCUUCUGACCGCCUUCCCCAGCAGCCGCGCCGCACUGGCCUGGGCGCUGGAGUGCCAGGCGGAGGCGAAGCACCUGGACUGGCCGGACGAGAUCCUGGACCAUGCGCUGUGCGAGCCUGUGUACGUGAAGGACGAGGAAGACGAUCUGGACGGCGCCGCCAUCACCGCCACACACAACGCCAGCACCAGCGCCGGCUACACGCCCCCCGGCGGCGCCACCGGCACUGGCACAGGCACAGGCACCGGCGUCGGCUCCAGCCCCUUGCCCUCGCUGCAGCUGCCGCAGCACUACAACUCAAUCCUGGGUGGCGGCGGCAGCGUGGCGGCGGCGCCGGCGGCGCCGCCUUCGCGGGGCCCCAGCGCGGACGGCGUAAUGCGGGCCCCAGGCCGCAGGUUCAGCGGCGGCGGUGGACGCCACCUCGUGUUCAGGGGCCUGCGCUUCAAGUCGGGGCUGGACUGCGGCGACGUACUGGCGCGCGUGCACACCACCACCGGCCGCAUGACCUACCGCGGCAGGGUCAUGAACCGGGCGGCGCGCAUCGCGGGCCUGGCCACGGCGGGGCAGGUUCUGUGCAGCCGCGGUCUGUGGGACGACAGCGGACUGGAGACGCAGCCGGAUCUGGAUCCAGCGGCCCUGGCGGUUGGCGAGAGCUGCGGCGAGGUGGCGCUCAAAGGCCUGGCCGCCAAGAUGGAGGUCAUCAACUGCAUCCGCGUCCUGCGAGCCGACAUGCUGCUCCACCAGCACAAGGCAGCAGCCACCGCCGCCGCGGCCGCCGCCGCCGCCGCCGCGCUUUCCGCCGCCGGCAACGCCAUCAGCGGCAACUUUGCCCAGCUCUCCAUGCUCUCCACCUCCACCAGCGUCGAGGCCCUCCACUCGCUCGUCAGCGCCACUGCGCGUGCUGCCGCGGCGGCGGCGGCGCUGUCGCGCCACCAGACCGGCGCCGGCCAGGAACUGGCGCCGUACGAUCUGGGCGCAGCUAGCGGCGGCGCGGCCCCGGUGGUGCCGUCCGCAGGGCCGGCUGGCGCCGCCGCGUUGCUUGCAGCGUCGCCGCUGGCGAGCGCCGCCGAUGUCGACGCCGACGGCGGCGGUGGCUCGCUGGGGGCGAUGGAGGUACGCACGGACGGAGCGGGUAUGGUGCUGAUGCAGGCAGUGCCGCUGCUGUCGGACUCGGAGAAUGACUCGGACGGCGGCGGCGUGAGCCGGGCCUCCGCCGCCGCCGCUGCCGCCGCCAGCGCGCGGCGCGCCGCCGGCGGCGCACUGGGCAGGGCUGGGCCGGCGCUGCGGUCGCGGCACUCGGUCGGCGGUACCGCCGGCGCCGUCUCUGGCGGCGCCGCCAUCGCGUCGCGGUACGGAUCUGGCGGCCGGCGGCACCUGGUAACAUUUGACAGCACGGACAUUGCGGCGGCGGCGGCCAUGGCGGCGGCGGGCAGCUUUGGCGGCCGCGGCACCAGUGCUAACGGUGGCGGCGGUAGCGCACUGGGGCGCGUCGGCAUCGCUCGUAGCAGCGUCCCUGCGCGGACUGCCUCCCGCGCCUCUGGACCGGGCGCGCACCCCGGCGCCUCUAAAGCAGGCGGCGGCAGCGCAAGCGGCGCCAAGGACCCGGCCAUGGCGGCGGCGGCCGCCGCCGCCGCGGCGGCGAAAGCAGCGGCGGCGCGCGUACGGCGUGCCAGCCUCAUGUCCACUCAGCAGUACAUGGAGCGUGUGGGUGCUGGCAGUGGCGUGCCUGGUGGCGGCCAUGGCGGCGGCGGCAACGCCGGCGCCGUGGCGGCGGCUGCCGCCGCCGCCCUGGCGCGGCCGUCUGGCGGCGCCGCCGGAAUGGGCAUGGCGCCGAUGCUUCUGGGCAGCGAGGAAGACAGCAUGGCGGAGCGAUUGGCGGCGGAGUACAGCAGCGGCGCCGGCAGCGACGGCGGCGCCAGUGACGGCGAUGGCAUUGGGUUUGACUGCAGCGACCGGGACGACGACGCCGACGGCGGCGGUGGCGGCGGCGGCGGCGGCGGCGAGCGCGGCUCUGCUGGCGCCGCCGGCGUCGCUGCGCUUCGCGGCAUGCUCCGACACAAGCGGUCCAGUGCCGUACGGCUACCCGGUGCAGCCGCCACGGGCUCUGGAUCCAUCCCAUCGGCCGCCCCUGCAGGCGGCGGCGCCGCCGCCGGUACAGCUAUGGGCGGUGACGCCGCCGCCAGCCGCCUGCUUGCGGUGACGGCGGCGGCCAAGCUGCGCAAGGCCGUGAAGCACGCGGUCAUGCGCUCUGGCGGCGACGACGAGCUGGAAGACGAGCUGAUUGGCGCCGCCGCCGGCGCCGGUGCCGGGGGCCUGGCGUCGGGGGCAGGCGGGCACGGCAACGCGCGCGCCGCAUUGACGGCGGCAGCAGCAGCGGCGGCGGGCGCCAGCGGUACCGGGGCUGCAUCGAGCCGGCGGCGGCCGCCGCAGCGCCGCCCCACGGAGACGGCGAAGGCCGUCGGCGGCAGCAUCUUUGACCGCCUGCGCAACCUGGCGAGUCCAGCGGCGGCCGCCGCCGGCGGAGACGCCGCCGCCGGCGGGGACGCCGGAGCCGCAGGCACUGGCGGCAGCGGCGGCGCCAAGUCGCCUCCGGCGGGGGCUCUGGGCAAGAGCAAGAGCAUUCGGCAGCGGCUGGGCUUUGGCCUGGGGUUGGGACGCACCAGCGCGGGCCGACGCCACGGGGAGGAGGAUGAGGACGACGAGCUGGAGGAGACCUACCGGCCCCAAGCCUCAGCCGCGUCGGAAUUCUUUCCCUCGCGCGCCGCCUCCUCCGCACGACUCUCAUAUGCCCGCGCGCGCCUGCGCGCCCUGCCUGGGUCCUUUAGCCGCGGAGAGCUGCCGCCGCCACCUGGUUCUCCCGGCAAUCUGCGGCAGCCCGGCAGCGGCGGCGGCGGCGGUUUGCUCAGUCCCGACAGCCGCCGGGGCGGCAGCCGUGGUGGCUUGGCGGCGGCGCCGUCGGCAGCGGGGGAGCUGUCGCCGAUGCGAUCCUUUGCAUCCAUGUCCAUUCUGCGACACGGGUUGCUCGGAGGAGGCGAUGGCGGAGGAGGCGGUGGAACUGGCGGUGGUGGCGCAGGCGCAGGGGCUGGAGGCGGCGGAGGCGGAGGCAGCAUGCUAGGCAGUGGGCUCAGCUUCCGCCGUGGCGCGUCGCUGUUGCAGACGUCGGUGCUCACCACCACGGACGUAUCUGGGGAUGCCAACGCCAGUGGCGCCGCCACGCCUGCCAUUGGUGGCGUCGCCGACGGCGGCCCCAGCGGCGCCGCCAGCCGGCGUGGCACCGCCAACGCCAUGCUGCCGAUGUCGCUGACGCAGCAGCACCUGCGCACCUCGCCGAGUGACCUCCACAGCUCCGGCGCCGCCGCCAGCCCCGUACGGCAGCCGCCGCAGGUGCCGCCGGCGGCGGCUCGGCUGGUCACCGUACAGCAGCAGCAGCACCUGAGCUCGUAUGGGAUUCUUGAGGACGACGACGAGGAGGUGGAAGACGACUCCAACCUCACGGCUACAGAUGUACUGCUGAGGUCGGGCGGCGCAGGAGCCUUCCGCCUCCACCACAUCGGCACUGCCAGCGGCGCCGCAGCCUCCCCCGCGCGGGAGCCACCCACGACGCCGUCAGGGCAGGCGGCAGCGGCUGGGGCGGCGGCGGCGCCGUCGCUGACCAACCGCCUAGCCUCCUUAACCACCUCCUUCCUCCGCCGCGGCAAGCCGCCCACUCCCACGCAGACGCUGCCCGCGCAAUCGCAGCUUCAGCCCCCGGCGCCAAUGCAGCUCAGUCCGGGCCCUCGGCUACAGCCGGCAGCGGCGUCGGCUACAGCAUCGCAGGGGCAGGCGCUGUUGGUGUCAGUCAACGCACGCACCACACCGGCAUCGCCGGGCGGUCAUGCCAUGCACGCGGACACGCACAGCACGCACAGCAUGCUGCUGGACACAUCCAGUGGCGGCAUCGCGGCGGCGGCGGCGAGAGCCGACACGCCGCCGCCCGCCACGGAGCCAGGCGCAAAGGCAACAGCCGCCGCCGCCGCGGCGGCGGCCGCAUUCCGACGCGGCUACGUCCAGGGGCCGGCUCCUCUUCCGUCCGGUGGAAGCCUGCCGCCGGGCCUGCUAGGCGGGGCGACCGCCGUCGCCAUCAUCAGUGGUGGCGGCGGCGUUGGGGGCGGCGGAAGCCCGCUGAUGUCGCGUCUGGGCUUGGCCAGCUCAUUCACCGCUGCUUCGUCAGACACACGGGGUCAGGCGGCGCACCCAGUGCCCGCCGGGCAGGUUAAGGAGAAGGAGGCAACGGCGCUGACGGCUGGCCGCGGCCGGCACAACACGGCUACCGGCAUCAUUCCCGCUGGCGCCACCGUCGCCCCCGCGGGCUCGCUGCGCCGGACGUCGGUGGCGGCGGUGGGGUCACCCGGCCCAGGGACCGCCGCCACACACCACCAUCACCAUCAUCAGCACAUGCUCUUCCAGGCGCACUCGUCGCACCUCAGUGCCUUGAUGGCUGCGGCGGCGGCGGCGGGGCCUGCCGCAUACGAAGUCAUCGGCGUCGGCGCACGUGGGCUCCGCAGCGGCGGUGGCGGCGGCGGCGACACAGUCCCCGCGGCCCGCAGCCGCACAUCCUUCCGUCGCAGCUCCACCAUCGCCGCCCUUGCUUCCGGCACAAGCGCCCACGCCCGGGCUCGAUCCGGCGACCUGCGUCACAACAUCAGCGGCCCCGGCUUGGCGCCUGCCGCCGCCACCGCCGCCGCCGCCUCAGCCACUGGCGACGGCUACGCGCGCGCCCAUAGCGCCGUCGGCCUGCCCGGCGGCCGCCGCGGUGUCGUGGCGUCGGCGGCGGUGACUCCGGUGCCGUCGACGCCGAAUGUGCGCUCCGGGUCCCAAGGCGACCCAAACAGCAGCAGCGUGCCCGGUGCCGCGGGCGGAGCAGGUGGUGGCGGCGGUGCGCUCAACAGCUUCUUCUCCACCAUCCACAACUUCCUGGGCUUUGGGCCAGGCGCCAGUGGCGGCGGCGCCACCGCCAGCGGCGCCGCAGGAGGCGCGCUUGCGAGCGUCGAGGGUCACGGCCACGACAUGCCUCUGACACGUCAGCACAGCGCCCUACCGCACUCCAGCCCAGUCCGUUCCGGCGUCGGUGGCGGUGGCGGCGCCGGUGGCGGCCCGCGCGCGAGCGCUGUCGCUGCCGGCGGCCGGCAGCGCUCCCACCGCUCGCCUGCUGCGGGCGGCGAGGCUGCCGCCCUGUUCGCAUCCGGCUCCGUCACGGUGGCCUCCGCAGCUGCCAUGGCCGCAGCCGCUGACGGCGCCGCUUCCGCCGGCACGCUGGCGGGCUCGGCUCCGGCGCCGCUGGCGGCGCGUCAGGCGCGGCGGCGCUCGGUGAUCGAGGUCAGCGGCAAUGUGAUGGUCCUCAACGCCGGCGCCACCUACGCCUUGGGCUGGCAGCUUGAGCCCCAGGGCACCGGCGCUCCUGGAGCCCCCGGCGGUGGUGGCGGGCCCGGUGACGCGGGUGAACAGCAGUCGCCCCGCCGCCGGCGCAGCCAGCGACUGGUCGACGACGCUCCUGGCGGCGUGUUUGGCGGCGGCGGUGGUGGCCUGUUCGGCCGGGCAAAGUCCGGAGAGAAGGAGCGGGGCUUCUCAUCAAUGCGGCGGCAGUUUUCCCGCGGAGUGUCUGGGACGCUUGGUGGCAGCGGCGGUGGUGGCGGCGGCGGUGGGCUGCCGGCCGCGAAGUCCGCGACGUUGCCAUCGGCUGCCAGCGUUGCAAGCCCGGCGGCGGCGGCGGCGGCGCGGAUGGCGGCGGCGUCAAUGGCGGCGGUGGCGGCAGCUGGCGGCGGAGUUGCCGGUGUGGACGUCCUGGCGAUCCCGUCCAGCGAGCUGCCGGUGAGCGGGGAGCUCUUUUCACCGGCGACGGCGGCGGCUGUGCCGCUGGCGAGCGCCACAGGUGGCGGCGGCGGCGGCGGCGGCGGUGGGCUGACGUGGCUAGCCCGUGGGCUGAGUGGCAUGCUGCUGCAGCGGACCAACAGCGGCCGCGCACACGGCACCGUCGCGCCCGCGCCAGCGCCCUUCUCCAAUGCCAGUGGCAAUGGCGCUGCAGCCGGCGAGGGCGGCAGCGCAGCCGCCGCGGCGCAGGUGUCGCGGUGGGUGAGUGCAGGCGGCGGCGGUGGCGGCGGUGACAGCUCCUACGUCGUAUCCGUCACAGCGGCGGCCGCCGCGUCUGGUGGUCUGGUGGCGGCAGCUACGCCUGGUGGUCUGGCGUCCAGCGGCACUGGUCUGCCUGGUGGUCUGCCGGACAGCGGUGAUGUCCCCUCGGCGCAGUCGGAGCUGGCUUCUGGCGUAGGCAGCGGCGGCGGCGGGGGAGGCGCCGGUCACGGUGGCGGAUUGGGAGGCAGCCGGACGGCCACCGUCGGCGUUGCAAAGUCAACUCGCAACCCGCUGAACAGCGAGCUGAGCGGCGCAGGCAGUGCGGGGAUGGAGGGCGGCCGCGGCAGAGGUGGAGGCGGAGGCAGCCCGGGCAAGAAGUUGCGGCGGCGUGGGAGCGGGCGCAGUAGGGACGGCCAUAGCAGCAGCGGCGGCGGGGCUAGCACCGGUGCCACUGCUGCACACGACAGCCCUGACGAGGCUGCGUAAGGCUCGUCCGUGUCACGACGGCCGGGGCGAGUUCAAAGUUUGGAGAUUGCUGGUUGGGACACUGAGCAUUGCGCACCGCUUAUCCCGCAUACGCACACGCACAUACACAGACUUGUGCGCUUCCUUUAUCUUGUGCCCGCUAAAAUCGCUGAAGCAGGCAUUUUGGUUGCACCAAGUGCACGAUGCAUUUUGUUUGCAAGGCUGGUACGCUGAGACGAGCAGAGCACGUGCGUUAGCGCCGUGAUAGUAUAUGGCACAUCGCGCAGGCAACAUGACAGGCCCCGUAUAAGUCGGACACGUGACACGUCAAGCCACACCGCAGUACGUCCUGUGACACACACUGACGCGGCCAGAUGCAACAGAAAGCGGUUGGGUGGCGCUGCAUUGAAGGUAACCGCAAGGUGCAUCAAUGGCACCUUCGUGCAUUAGUAACGAUGGUGAAGGAGAGAGAACUAGUAGCAUGCUGCACCUGAGCCGUCCAUGCUGCUUGCGCGUGGCACGUACACUCAACCACCGCUGCUUAAGUACUAGGGCUGGGAGGGAAAGACUCGCAGUGGCAAGCCUGUUUGCCACUAUAUGCUGCAUGUGAUCAUUGCACUUGAGGACUUUCAAGGAGGUGAUUGGGCAGUCGCGUUUGCAGUGGCAUAAGAGAUUGACAGCGCGCGCCAUGCAUUCCAGGCGGCGGUGCCAAUGGAGCGAGAAGGGCUGUGGGAUUGAUCUGCUACCGGGAUUUGCAACUUCAAUGCACUGGACUCACUCUUUCUUGAUGGCUCAUACCUUGUUUUGUGUGCUUCCUUUGUGUAUUAAGCGUUGCGUAUUGAAGAAUGACGAGAGGGAUUUGCGGCGCUGUCAGCACCUUGCGAAUGCGGAUCUACUCUUCGCCAGCAAGGGUGCGCAGUGCGACAUGCACCCUUUCUGUUCCCUUAGAGAGCACACAAGGGAAGGAGGUGCGUGGUGCCGUGUUUGCGUUACCGGCCUUUGUCUUUCUGAGAGGCGGCAUCGAUGCAUGCUCUGCCGUACAUGAGAAACCCAGGGGUUAUUAGUGAUAUCAAGGGAAUGCCCCGCACGUGCUUCGAAGUUUGGACUCGACACUGCUGUCUGUUGGACCGCCGCUCGACCGCCUGCACAGGCACGAUGCAUACGGUAUGCUGCCGCUGCAACUAAGGCAAUAACGUGUUGCGCUAGUGAGCAAGCGAGUGGGGGGCAUGAGGAGCUGCGGGGAGGAGGGCAGCGGGAGAAGGCAUGCGGACCCCAUUGAUACGGUAGUCAGUCAGGUGGAAGAUGCGGCCGGCCGAAGCUGGGUGCUGGGUGAGUUGCGGGCGUUUGUGCGGGGGAGAAGACCGUGAGUGUAGAGGCAUAGGCUGCAGGUGGACAGAAAGGAAAGGUCACGGAUGGACGUCGUGAAGGGGCCAUCUCGCUUGCUGCAUCCAUCGUGUGGACAGCGUAACAUCAGUGUGUAAUAGAGAAGAUGU